ACCCCGAGCGAGCGAGUUAUCACGGAGUUGGUGGGGAACCGGAGCGCAUACAGCAUACUAGACUAGAUAGCGAGAGAGUGGGAUCGAUCACAGAGAAAGCCGGACCUUAUCAGCACCUCCACCCCAUCCCUCGCCGUCCCCCCUUCUUCUCCUCUCCUCGCCUGCCUUUAAUUCGCCGCUCCCUCCCUCACCGCCACGUCCAGCCCUCUUCUUCUUCUCCAUCCCGCGCGCGCCUCCUCUCGUUCCGUACCACGGGUGGAGCUCGAUCGAGCAAGCAAGCUAGCGAAGCAAAGCGGCGUCGUCGCGGUCGGUGAAGACUGAAGAGAUCAGGCAAGCUUGUCUCUGCCGCAAAGCGCCGUCGUCCUCGUCGUCGGGGAAGCUUGUGCUCGAGGUAAUCAGGUGGCGGCCGGUGGAGCUCUAGCUCUGGAGAGAAGAAGGCGAGGAGGGGAAGGGCAACCCACCGACGGAGAAGCUGGCGGCCGGAAAGUGGUGGGAGCGGCCAGAUGAAGCGGCCAUGGCCGGGAUGGACCCUGGCGGGGGCAGCCCGGGUGGCGGCGGCUCGCGCUACUUCCACCACCUGCUCCGCCCACAGCAGCAGCAGCAGCCCUCGCCGCUCUCGCCCACCUCCCACGUCAAGAUGGAGCAGGCCAGGGACCAGCACGCCAGGAUGUCGUCGCCGGACCAGACCCCCGCGGGCGAGGCGGCAGACGCGGGCGGCAACGGCGGCGACCAGCCGUCCUCGUCGGCCAUGGUCCCGGUCGACGGCGGAGGCGGCAGCGGCGGCUCGGGUGGGCCCACUCGCCGCCCGCGCGGCCGGCCCGCGGGGUCCAAGAACAAGCCCAAGCCACCCAUCAUCGUGACGCGCGACAGCCCCAACGCGCUGCACUCGCACGUCCUCGAGGUCUCCGCGGGCGCCGACAUCGUCGACUGCGUCUCCGAGUACGCGCGCCGCCGAGGGCGCGGCGUCUGCGUGCUCAGCGGCGGUGGCGCCGUCGUCAACGUCGCGCUCCGCCAGCCGGGCGCGUCGCCCCCGGGCAGCGUCGUGGCCACGCUGCGUGGACGGUUCGAGAUACUGUCCCUCACCGGCACGGUGCUGCCCCCGCCCGCGCCCCCCGGCGCAAGCGGCCUCACCGUGUUCCUCUCGGGUGGGCAGGGCCAGGUGAUCGGCGGGAGCGUGGUGGGAUCUCUUGUCGCCGCGGGGCCAGUCGUCCUGAUGGCCGCUUCGUUCUCCAACGCCGUGUACGAGCGGCUUCCUCUCGAAGGGGAGGAGGAGGAGGUUGCGCCGCCUCCCACUGGAGCAGAAGCGCAAGAUCAGGUGGCACAGUCGGCUGGGCCGCCAGGGCAGCAGCCAGCGGCAUCACAGUCCUCUGGCGUUACCGGAGGUGAUGCCGGCGGCAUGUCGCUCUACAACCUUGCUGGCGGGAAUGUGGGGGGCUACCAGCUUCCCGGAGACAGCUUUGGAGCCUGGGGUGGCGGCGGUGGCGGAGUCAGGCCACCGUUCUGAUCCGUCUCUUGCAAUGCAAAUGUACAAUCCACACACAUGAAGACUUCACAAGAGUUUCAAAUGGUGGAGAAGCUCUUGCCAUCCAGUAGAGAGAGCUUAACCACAGCAGGCAUGCAUACUGGAUUUUUCAUUGGAUUGGCCUUUGUGAACUUGGAGCUAUUUACACGUAUGCAUCGUGCAUGCAUGCGUUUUGAAAGAUUGGGUAUACAUGGGAUAGAUCUAUUGGAGGUCAUGAGAUAUACUAUAUUCAGGGAGGAAGCUGAUGAAUUAUUCGAUGCAAGAUCAAUUUGGCAAUAAGUUUAAAGGUCAGUGAGAUCCUAUGUUUUUUUUUUCGUUUUUCUGGCACCACCGAGUGUUUUUCUUCUUCUUUUUCUUACAUUUUCCUUUGUAAUGUUCUAUUCUAUUCUGGCUGUAUCUUGGUGUAGAAUGAUGUUUCUUGAAUGAAACUUUUGCUUCCCUUUUC